UAUUCGGCCCACCGCGCUCGGAAAAUGUUAAAUCAUGUGCAAUACGAUUCAUGUCGGAGACGUUCAAAGCGUUUAGAGCAUUGAAAGCCAAAGUUUAAAGCGGUUUAACAGCGCGUGUGCAUUGUCAUCGUUAUUACAAUUAUCGGACCGCGCUCGUAUCAUCCAGAGUAAACUACAAAGACGCGUUGUGCGAUAACGACAAUGGAAAUUGUUCGCAUUCGUGCGGAUGAAAGCGAAACUUUAUUAUAAUAUCAUUAUUGUCUGUGAUGUAGUGUCAUGAUGCAAGUAAAAAUAGUUGUUAAACCUUCGUUGACUUAAGUUACGUGACUUUAAUUUUAAUGUAUUAGACACAAUGUAAAGCCUUUUAUGUGAGGUGUAGUUUUGGUUAAUUCAAUUGUAAACAUGCGAGUGUUAAAAAACGUCUUAUCAUUGCCCAAGUAAGCCAUCUUACACGUAACGAAAUGAGUGAUUAAGCAAGAAAUUGUUUUCGAGGGCGACACGCCGCUUGUGAGUGAACACAGUGGAAAUUUUCAGCGUCUCUUAGGUCGUGUACAAGUGUAAUCGAAUGACGAAAAUAUCUUGGAAAGUCUAGUUCUGGCAAAUUCAACGGGUUCCGCGCUUAAUAAUAGUAGUAUACUAGUGCACAUUCAGAAAUAAAACGAACAAACAGCAUUAUGUAGUUACAAUCAUAGUAUCAAAAUAUAAUUGGCAUAAAUUGUCAUAUUUAAAGUGCAAAAAUGGGGCUUUGUUGUAAAUAUGGAAAAAAGAGCGAGUAUGAAACUGAAGAGGAAUAUGAAGAGCGUGCGCGAUCACAUUUUAUUGUUUUCUUCACACAAUUCAACGUUGUCAUUUCGUAUAGUACGAUAUUAAUUGGGAUAUGGCCAUAUUUAGUUAAAAUUGAUCCAUCAGCCGGUAAAAGCUUCUUGGGAUAUCUAGUAGGUGCAAGUGCUCUUGGGCAAACAAUAUUCUCGCCAUUGAUUGGUUGGUGGAGCAACAAACUUAACUCUAGCAGAGUGCCAUUUAUUGUUAGUCUAGUGGUCCUGCUAUUAUCUCAUUUAAUCUAUGCAACAUUAGAGAUUUUUCCACAUAAGAAGUACUGGAUGUUAGCGUCUAGAUUUUUAGCGGGCGUUGGUUCCUCAAAUUUUGCUUUGUGUCGCUCGCACGUCUCUUCAACAACUUUAGUAAAAGAACGCCGGAAAGUGGUAACCAUUCUUUCAUCAUGUGCAACAGUAUCAUUUGCUCUUGGACCAGCAAUCCAAUCCAUGACCAUCCCUUUUGGAGAAACUGGAGUAUGGUUAAUCCCAAACACUUUGAAACUAGACAUGUACACCGCUGUAGGUUGGAUUGGAUUGAUAAUAUCUGUCAUCAACAUGCUCUUGUUUAUGCCAUCAGUGUUUCAAGAACAUCCAAUGAAUAAGCGUGAAGAAAUUUCACCUGAGAAAGACGUCUAUCGAUCAAAGAACUAUAAAAUAUUAGCAAUGCUCUUUAUUCUGCUGAAUUUCUCAUUGACUUUCAAUUUUAUGUUUUUGAAAGUCUUGGGAACUCCAUUGGUGAUGGAUGAAUACGCUAUGACUAGAGCACGAGCAAUGGCAUUAAAUUCAAUUGUCGUCAUUGUAGGAGCUGCGAUUUCUUUUGUUUCCAUCUUGCUGAUUAAUCCAGUCAGCAAAUUCUUUAGUGAAAUAACGUUGUUGAUAUUUUCUUUACUACUUAUGAUAAUAGGAAGAUUCUGUUUCUAUCCGUUUACUAAUGAAACAGUUGUUACUUAUAACGAUGUGAGUUUGAACGAGACUGAACUCAGUAACACCGAAUAUGUUGGAUGUCCUUUGAGUCAACAAUGGUGUGCUGGCGAAGGAAAGAUAUUUUUCUUUCAAUUUAUUUUAGGGAAUGCUUUAGAGAAUGUUGGAUAUGCAAUCGCCAUUACUUUGACUAUGACUAUAUUCUCACAGGUGUUAGGCUCCAAAAAACAAGGAACAUGGAUGGGUUUCCUAACGGCAUUUGGUAGUCUGGCAAGGAUUACAUCUCCGGUUUUCAUUACGUUUUUGUAUGAACAAUACGGUCCACGAACUGUUACAAUAGUAACGAAUACGAUGUUUGCGCUUAUCUCAAUAUUUGUAAUGAAAACAUCUCAUCACCUAUUUAUUAAUAAGAAUAAUGAUAUCGAUGACGCAAAGGAACAGCUCCAGGAAGAUAAACCGGGUAAGGAGUCUACAGUUGACGAUGAGACGGCCGGCGAUGAACCCGCCAGCGAUAAUAAUUUGUUGAACAAACAAGCCAGAACGCAAACAAACACCAUCGAAAUUGUGAGCAAUGCGUGAUGACUAUGGAAUUACUAUGUUUUGUUUAUAUUGUGAAUUGUA